CACUACGCAUGUACGUCAUGCGUCAGCGCUGUCAUGGCCGCCUCCUAAGAAAACAUGUCAGAGCAGCAGAAAACACAGAGUAGACGUAUUUCACAUUAUAUUACUGUAUGUUUUUCAUUUCACACGCCCAGCCAGUUUGCAGAGUAACGGACAUGCUCAUGUGUGAAUUAUAUUAUGUGACAGGAAGUAUUUGAAACGGUUUGUCAAAUAUAUUAUAGAGGAUUUUUCGAUCAUUCAGCGUGACUGUCAUAAUGGCUUUAGUCAACAUUCGCUCCUGUGGCCGUCGUGGUUUUCACCCGGGUCUCUGUGCGUAUGCCACUCGAACAGUUGGCGUCCCGAGAAAGCGGGAGCAGCAGGAUGAAACACCCGUGUUCCAGUACGUUGGUCAACACAGGAAGCCUCGAGGGAAGGUGUUUGUGUGGGGCUUCAGCUACACUGGAGCUUUAGGGAUCCCAAGCUUUGUAGUGCCGGACAGCGGCAGAAAGAAGCCCAGGAAGUACCAGCUCACACCUUACCGCCUGGAUACUGAACAGAAGAUUUCCUCAGCAGCCUGUGGAUAUGGUUUCACCUUAUUGGCGUGUAAUAGCAGAGAUCUGACCAAACUGUGGGGCAUGGGCCUUAACAAAGACUCCCAGCUGGGAUUUCAACGUACUCAACACGACCGACAUAAGAGUUACGACUAUGUCCUGGAAGCGUCUCCGGUGUCUCUUCCGCUGGUGAACCCUCAGGAGACACGAGUGCUGCAGGUCUCAUGUGGACGUGCUCACUCGCUGGUGCUCACAGACUCCGAGGGAGUUUUCAGCAUGGGUAAUAAUGCCUAUGGGCAGUGUGGGCAAGUGGAAGAUUGUCAGCAAUAUAAUGGCAGUCACGGUGUUCACAAGAUUGAGGGCUUUGACAGUGGAGUCAAGCAGGUGGCUUGUGGGCAGGAUCACAGUCUGUUUCUAACAGACAGAGGCUCAGUGUACGCCUGUGGGUGGGGCGCAGACGGACAGACAGGUCUGGGUCAUCACAGCAAGGCGUCCUGUCCAGUGCCUGUCGGAGGAGAUCUGGCUGGGGUCAGAGUUCAGCAGGUGGCCACAUACGGAGACUGUAGUUUGGCCGUGUCCACAGAUGGGCAGGUUUUUGGUUGGGGAAACUCAGAGUACCUGCAGCUGGCCUCUGUCACUGAGGCCACACAGAUUAGCUCUCCACGGCUGCUGCCCCUGAGGGGUGUGGGUCGAGUCAGACAGGCGGCAUGCGGAGGAACACAGGUGGCUGUACUGAACGAGGAAGGAGAGGUGUUUGUUUGGGGUUUUGGAAUCUUGGGAAAAGGUCCGAAACUUUCAGAGUCUGCAAUCCCAGAAAGAGUGCCGGCCACAUUUUUUGGGAGGUCAGAGUUCAACCCUACAGUGAAAGUCUCGUCCAUCCGCUGUGGACUCAAUCACUUUGCAGCCAUCACAGAUCGAGGUGAGCUGUUUGUUUGGGGUAAGAAUGUUAGAGGAUGUCUCGGCAUAGGGAAACAUGAUGACCAGUAUUUUCCAUGGAGGGUGACAGUGCCAGGCCACGUGACGGAUGUUGCCUGUGGUGUUGACCACAUGGUGGCGCUGGUCAAAUCAAUCAUAUGAGAGACUGUUAUGGCAAAUCUGGCCUAUUUUUCUGGCACUUCAGUGAACACCAUCAGCAUGCCACGUUUCAUUAACAAGUCCAAAGGUUCUGGAGAAAUAAAGGCACUCACUAAGAAGUCUUCAUAUCACACUGAAUCAAGCAAGCCAAGACUGUGUUUUUAAGGUUACAAGGAAAUGCGACACCUCCUCUGCUGUUGACAGUGCUGACCUCAAAAAUAGACAUGGGUCUGACUCCUAAAUAACUCAAGACCUCUUAUUGAAUCUUAUGUUGGCUAGUUGGCCAGUUUGGAAGUUCCUUUAAAUGUUUUGUCACAUUGUCAUCACUUGAAAUGGACACUGUAUGUUCAAAGCCACAAUAUCUGUGCUGUUUCUAGAUAUGCUUUUCUUGGUAAACGCACACUAACUUGUUGAUAGGCAAAAAAUUCAACAAACCUAUAUAUUAUAAAAAAAAUAAAAACUUUGCCUCAAUUACUAGCUGAUGAAAAUAUAUAAAUACAGUAUAUAUAGAUAUAUAGAAUUUCAUUGUUUUCAGGUGGCUGGAAAAAUGUAUAAAUAUAAAAGAGAAGCAACUGAUUUGAAGUUAUAUUGAAACUCCUGUAUCCUUCAGAAUCAAUUACAAGCUUUAUUUGUACCAAGCUGUACUGAUAGUGAUUGACAUUCUGAGGGAAAAGAAGGGAAUAGUUGAAAAUCACCCUCUUUAAUGUGCAAAUAUAAAGGGACAGUUUCUGACCUACACAACGUGUCAAGAAACAAAGAAAAGUUCAUGUUCAGGUAAAAACAGUAAUCAAAUUGACUUUUUCUGGUGUCUGAGCUGGUUUAAUCAACAAAUUCUCCAAAUCAAUCAUUUGUAUGGGUAGUUAGAAGUAGUAGCUUCAGCAAAUAUCAUCCCACAGAAAUCAGUUGUAAAUCACAGAUAUGACUAAAUAUCUUCAUAAACUUGUGUAUAUAACUAAUCCUCAAUUGGCACAUGGUCUAGCAGUCGCAUGGUGUAACCCCCUAUGUAUGCUUAAGAAAACAUGGUUCAAACAGUGGAGGGAAAAAAAAAGAGUAACAAUUGAAAAUCAAACCUAAUAGCAAAGUAAGCUGAAAAAAUAUAUUGUUUCACGUCUUUAAUUGUCAGAGAACAAACAGGUCACCCCUUAACACUGAUAAAUAUAUGGUUUCUGCAAAUUUCUGCUUCCAAGCUGACAGAAGAAAAGCUUGUGGAAAAAAGACACCCAUCCUUGUGUAAAGAGCAACAAGUGACCCUUCAAAAAGAGACUCCUUCAAGGGGGAAGAUACUCAUCCCCGGUAUUUCACAUCAGAAGAGUAAGAUCUGUAAGAUAGACCUUAAAUAAAGUGCAGACAAGGGGAGCUUGAAGGCCUUAACUAACAUUCAACAAAUGAUAGCUUUCCCAGACCUGCCAACCUUGGAAUUUUUUUUUUGGAGUAC